AUGAUAAAAUUUUUAAUAAUAAUAAUUUUUAUAAUUCCUUUAUGUUUUAUAAAAAAUAUAUUUUGAAUGGUUCAAAUAAUAUUAAUAUUAAUAAUAUUUAUAUUUAUAAAUUUAGGUGUAAAAUUAAAUUUAUUUUGUAAUUUAAGUUAUAUAAUAUCUUGUGAUAUUAUAUCUUAUGGAUUAAUUUUAUUAAGAAUUUGAAUUUCUAUUUUAAUAAUUAUAGCUAGUGAAAAUUUAUAUAAAAUAGAUUAUUAUGUUAAUUUUUUUUUAUUUAAUGUUAUUUUUUUAUUAAUUAUAUUAUAUUUAACUUUUAGAACUCUUAAUAUGUUUAUAUUUUAUCUUUUUUUUGAGGGUAGAUUAAUUCCUACUUUAUUAUUAAUUAUUGGUUGAGGUUAUCAACCUGAACGUAUUCAGGCAGGUAUAUAUUUAUUAUUUUAUACUUUAUUUGUUUCUUUACCUUUAUUAAUUGGUAUUUUUUAUAUAAAUAAUGAAAUAAAUUGUAUAAUUAUUUAUUUUUUAAAAUUUUUUAAUUUAAAUAAUUAUUUAUUGUAUAUUUCUAUAAUUUUAGCUUUUUUAGUAAAAAUACCUAUGUAUUUUGUUCAUUUAUGAUUACCAAAAGCUCAUGUUGAAGCUCCAGUUUCUGGUUCUAUAAUUUUAGCUGGUAUUAUACUAAAAUUGGGUGGUUAUGGUUUAUUACGUUUAAUAAUUUUUUUACAGGAAAUUAAUAUAAAAUUAAAUUAUAUUUGAAUUGUAAUUAGAUUAGUGGGAGGUUUUUAUAUUAGAUUAAAAUGUUUUUGUCAAAUUGAUAUUAAAUCUUUAAUUGCUUAUUCUUCUGUAGCUCAUAUAAGAAUUGUAAUUAGAGGUAUUAUAAUUAUAAAUUAUUGAGGAUUUAUUGGUUCUUAUAUUUUAAUAAUUGGUCAUGGUUUAUGUUCUUCUGGAAUAUUUUGUUUAGCUAAUAUUAGUUACGAACGUUUACAUAGACGAAGUUUAUAUAUUAAUAAAGGUAUAAUAAAUUUUAUACCUUCAAUAAGUUUAUGAUGAUUUUUAUUAAUAUCAUCUAAUAUAGCAGCUCCUCCUAGAUUAAAUUUAAUAGGUGAAAUUAGAUUAAUUAAUAGAUUAAUAAGAUGAUCUUGAAUUUCUAUAUUAAUAUUAAUGUUAAUUUCUUUUUUUAGAGCAGGAUAUAGAUUAUAUUUAUAUUCAUUUAUUCAACAUGGAAAUUAUUAUUCUGGUAUUUAUAGAUAUUAUACUGGGGUAUCUCGAGAAUAUUUAAUAUUAAUAUUACAUUGAUUACCUUUAAAUAUUUUAGUAUUAAAAAUUGAUUAUAGAAUAAUUUGAUUUU